CGCCAGGUAUUCCUCAUCACGCACAUUUGACGUUGAGCUCCGAAACAGAGAGCACGUCUCAUUUAUAUAAAACACGUUUAGAGUCGUUUUGUGUUAAAUAUUAUAAUUAUAAGUGAUAAUGAAGUUAACUGAUGUUUUCUGUUGUGGGAUGUUUGUGGUAGUGCUAAUGGCAUCGCAUGUAAGGAGUGAAGAUGAAAAACAGGAACUCCAAGAAGAAACAAAAAAACAUAAUAUCAGUAAACGUGAAGCUGUAUUGUUAUUUAAUAAAUAUCCAUUAGAGCCUAUUCACAAACAUAAACCAAAAGCAAUUUACCGUAGAGUAUCAAGCCAAAGACAUAGCCCGCGCCCGAAAUAUGGUCCUCCUAGGACCAAGUACAGAUCAUCAAAACCGCCGAGAAAGCCAGUAAAGAAAUAUAAGAAAUCAGUUCCACCCAAAUACGGGCCACCGAGUUUCAAGAAACGCCCGACUAAACCGAGGUACGGCCCGCCAAAGCCAAGCUACAAGCCAGUUUAUGGGCCUCCAAAGAAGAAGUACCACAGCGCCUAUUUCACAUCCGAACCAACAGGUUUCGGGGAACCCCCACGCGAUUUCUAUCAAGACUUCCACAGCCCCAAAAUGUCAUUCGGAGAACCGCCGGUUGAAAUCUACAAUGGUCCAGUGAAGCCACUUUAUGAUCCAUAUGAGACAGCUCAAGAUGUUAUUAACCCAACAAUCUUUGACGAGGAAGCAAACAAAUUUGGCCAAGAGUUCAAAAAUUGGAACGCAAUGCAACAUGAACAGAUAGACACAAAUUACGCAUACUCCCAUAAACAUCCUGCAUUCAGGGAGCAGGAGAACCUAUUCGACCCAUCAUCGCCUGAUGAAGAUGACACUUUGAAUCCAUAUUUAGACCGAUAUAAAUACCGCCAGGAAGACGACUCGAGCUUAUAUGAAAGAAAGAAAAAGCCAUACUACAUAGAUAGCAUAAUAGCAACGAGGCCAAGAAAACCACAGAAAACAAGGACUGAGGAUGAAGAAGAAGUAUUAGUAGGGGGUAAAUAUGCAGAACCGCCGGCCCGAGUUGUACAUAAAAGUUAUACCUCUAUGAAUGAAUCGCCGUAUUCUGAUGAUGAUGAUUCUUCGGCACCAGGUUAUGUAGACCCGGAUGUUGCUGUAUCAGCAAACAUAUCCCCAUACGUUAAUUAUAAAAACGGCAAUAUAGCCUUCAGUCCACAAAACUUAAACGAUGCGUUUAGCAUAGUUGAUAAAAAAUAGUAAAAUCAUUCGACUCUUCUCGUAAAAUAUGUACAAAAAAUUGUAAAUAGAUAUCAUGUUCUGACAGAAUUGUGUCCAAUUUCAAAGAUUUAAUUCUAUUGAAGAUAUUCAGGCGUCAUGGAAGAUUGACCAACUUUCUCACAAUUUAUUUAAACUCUUGCUAUAUAAUAAUUUAUUUUAUUCUUAUCAUUAAAAUAUCUAAUUAUAACUUUAGUACAUUUAAGAUAAAAGUUAAGACUGCUCUUAAUUAUUUGUAAUUUAUUUAAAUAAAGAAUUGCAUGUUUGUUA